AUGUCUCACCACAUUACAGUCGUGCCCGCCUCCACAAGGAUUGGCAGAGAGACAAUCCGUGUACUCCUAGGGUCUGAAAGCAAACCCUGUGUCCGUGGUAUCUAUCGAGACACCUCCAAAGUACCGGACAACUUCAAUGCCAACCCAAAUUUCCAAACCGCCACAGGCGACAUCGGCGUUGGGGAUGCCCUUGAUUUUAGCCGCUCAGAUGCAGUCUUUUAUAUCCCACCGGCUAUCUAUGAUGGACCUGAUCAGGGAGAAUGGGCAACUCGGAGCGCCGAAAAUGUUAAGAAUAGCCUCCGGGAUGCUCCAAAUGUGAAGAAACUUGUCCUCCUCUCGGCUAUAGGCUCUCAGUACGACCAUGGUAUUGGCAUUAUACGCCUAAAUCAUAUUUCUGAAAGGAUUCUCAAGGAUGCGGCGCCUGAGGUGAUUAUAGUCAGGCCUUCCUGGUUUCAAGAGGAAUUCGCGUCUUUUCUUGAGAUGGCGCAGGCAGACCCGCCUAUUAUUCACUCGUGGAUUACCCCUCUUGAUUACAAGGUUCCUUUAGUGAGCCGUAAAGAUGUCGGCGAAUGUUGUGCAAAGUCCCUGCUCUCAGAGUCCACGAAUCCCAGUCCGCAUUUCCUCAAGUUAUUUGGUCCUCGGUUUUACAGUUCAAUAGACCUCAAGAACGCAGUUGAGGAGGUUACUGGGAAGGACGUUGAACUAAGGGCUAUCGAGAAGGAUCACCUUGCAGGGCACUUUGCGAAGCAGAUUCCAGAAGAGUACUUACAAGAUUAUGUCGACUUGGCAACAGCAAUAUUGCCUGGUGGGAUUAUUGCAGGAGAUCUUAUUUAUGAUAAUGCCACUUUCAAGGGACAGGUGGAGUUGGUUGAUACUCUGCGCCAGUUGUACACUAAACCGGCAUAA